AUGGCUGAAUAUGAAGCCAACGACGUUGUUGUUCGUGAAUCCCUUGCCCAAGUGCAAGGAGAGAUGAACUUGUUCAGGGCAAACAUGGAGACCAUCCUCGAGAUCCUCCAGUCUCAGAGGAACCCCGCAUAUGCUACUGCUAACGUCACCUAUGUUGUUGGGGUGACCGUUCCUAAUACCGCUGCUGGCACUACCGUCGACCCUCCGGCGGAAACUGUGGUGCCUAACCGUCAGCCUGUUACUACCGCUCAGACCGUGCCACCGGGUUUCUCCUACCCGCCAAUAUGGUUCACCCCAAACAUGCCUGGACCGAUCGCCCCUGAAGCCUCUCGACCGGCCAGUCAGGUCUCUCCUCCCGCUGUUGAUCCGGCUAGACCUGCGGAUUACCAACUCUUGGACGACAAGAUAAGGGCCACUGGGGGAUUCUCUUCCUUUGGCAUAGACGCUCGAGGCCUCUGCUUGGUCCCGAAUGUGGUGUUACCCCAGAAGUUCAAGGUGCCCGACCUCCCCAAGUACAAAGGCCUUAGCUGUCCCCGCAGGCAUCUCACUAUGUACUGUAGGAAGAUGGCUUCGCACAUUGAUAACGACAACCUCUUGAUUCAUUGCUUCCAAGAUAGCCUGGCUGGGGCUUCCUUGGAUUGGUACAUGAGUUUGGAGCGCUCGAAGAUCCGGUCAUGGAGGGAUCUCUCUGAGGCAUUCUUGAAACAGUACAAGUACAACCUUGACAUGGCUCCAACAAGGCUUCAAUUACAGAAUCAGUCGUAG